CUUGGACAAGUGGAUGUCAGACUACUACAUGUAGGUCGCAGACGCAGAACACGGGCGCGGCUGAUUCCAGCUUACAAGUUGGCUGUCAUUUUCUUCACUUCGUCUUUUCCGUCUGCUUCGACUCCUUGGCGCCACUAAGAGAGAGAGGAGAUGGGAGUAAACCUUAAGAUGGGGAACCUCCGGUCCGGGUUUAACGCCGUCCUGCUCUUCAGUCUGAUGAUCGCCUGUCUCCACCUCCUCACGCUGCGACAGCGCAUGCACCAACUGGAGAGGAAGAUGACGUCAGUUAGGCGCGGACAUGACGUAGUACGCAGGAGCCUCGCGUCACGAGAGGAACCGGAAAUCGAGCCGGCUGAGGACGUCCCAGCAGUCGAGGGUCUUGAAGAACAUUUCGUCGCCAAGAACUUUGAAAAACACAGUGAAGAUAUUACAAAGGAAGAAAACUUAGCUGGCAAUGCACUGAGUAAUCCACAAAAUCCUGAAGAGCGUUUCGUUGACAAUAAUCUUAACAAGUCACCAAAUCUUGAAGAGCGUCUCUCGGAUAAGACCUUAAGAGAACCACAAUAUCUUUCAGAGCGUCUCGCGGAAAAGACAUUGAGUGAAUCACAAGAUCUACACAACGUUUCCUUGGUGAAAAUGGACGUGGAAAAGAAUACAACACUCGCUCCAAAGACGACAACAACUACUAAAGCACUUUCUAAAGCCGUAACAACUACAACAACAGCCGUCCAGAGACCCAUAGCUUCGACUCCAUCCAUGCAAGCGACAUUCCAAACAACCGGGCCCAAAAUCAAUCCCCACAACUUCAACUUCAUCAUCAACAACCCUGACAAGUGUGGGGAUGGAGACGUUCUUCUACUUAUCCUCGUCACCACGACCCCCCAGGGGCAGGUACAACGGGAAACCAUCCGUAAAACCUGGGGCAACGAGUCCAACAUCCCCGGCGUCAUCUUUAAAACGGUAUUCGCCAUCGGACACACGGACGACGCGGCCGCGCAAGCCGCUCUUGUGGAGGAAAACGACAAGUUCAAGGACAUCAUACAGGAAGAUUUUGUCGACUCGUACCACAACUUGACCUUGAAGACGGUGAUGUGUUGGAAGUGGGCUUUCCAGUACUGUCCCCAGGCUCGCUUCAUCAUGAAGGCCGAUGACGACACCUUCGUCAACAUCUUCAGCAUAGCGCGGCAUCUGAUUGGUCUACACAAGGCACACGUCAGACGCCACGUGACUGGGUGGGUGUACGUGGACACCAAGCCUAUCCGCGAUCCCAUGAGCCAAUGGAACAAGUGGUACGUCAAGUACGAGGACUACCCACGUGACUCCUAUCCCAAGUAUCCUUGCGGCUUUGCUUACGUCAUCUCCAAUGACUUCACCAAGGUUCUGUACGAGACUUCUGAGACGAUCAAGUAUCUUUUCUUAGAGGACGCGUUUCUUGGACUUUGUAUGGAGAAACUUGGUGUUGAGCCUGUGCAUCACGGGGGGUUCGUACCCUGGUAUACCCACAUAGACUCCUGUCAGUUCGACUGGCUCAUGGCGUCGCACUGGGUGAAGGCUUAUGAAUACAUGUGGUACUUAUGGAACACGCUCACGAGCUGCUGAAACUUGAUAUCGUCUGUGAACAUGUAACAUGAGAAAGUCGUUCGGUAGGAAAAGGGCUGGUUCCAGAUGCGCAGGCGUAGCGAAAUGCAUUAUUGGGUAAUAUGUCAAAGGUAAAAGCCAUUUACUUUUUAGACCAUGGUUUACACCAAGGCGAUUAUACAUGCCCAGAAGCGUUUUAUUUAUGUAUCAGAGGCCUUCAGGUUUAGCAUAGAAUUACCCACUGUACGUGUCGUUGAACAUGUGCAUCUGAAUCUAUGAACUUCCUUACACGCGAAACUUCAUAUGAUUUUAGAGUCCCGUGGAAGGUGAAAGUGUAACGUUUGGAGUCUGUUGUAUCAAAUAGCUAGAAAUUGGACAGUCCUGUGUUUAAGCAUAAUCUUUCAACGUUAUACGUUUUCUAAAUGCGCCAGUGUGCUUGUAACUUUACAUAACGUUGUGAUGCAAUGUGAUGAUGUAAUAGAAAUUGUGUCAAUCCGCUGAAAUACACCAACGGUUCAUUUGGACCGGUAGCGCAUUCGAGAUCACGUAAAUACAGUCAAGAUGAUGCCCCGUUCUCCCAUCCAGAUAUAUCUUCGUACGCACCAUUAUUCUACACAACAGUGAAAACCCAUAAAAUGUGAUACAUAACUGAAACAUAUGGACUCAAGGCAUGUAAGUGAAAAUUUGAUAGAUUAUGUUGUUGACAUUUAUCAACUUUGUGGAUGUAAAUAAACAGGGUAUUAAAAAGUAUAAUUGUU